AUCAGACCCCACCUAGAUCUAACCAAUCAGACCACAGAUGUGUGAUUCAAUGUCUUUUUACAAGUUGCACACUACAAAUCACCCCUGAUCCAGAAAAGCUAAGAGCGAGGACAAGAUGGUUGAGCUCUUGGUCUGUCUUCUUCUCUGCAACUCACAUGUGACCAAAUCAUCUGAGAUUUCUCAGCCUGCUCCAUUCAUAGCAGCAAAGUUGGGGGACAACGUGACAGUUGAAUGCCAUGUAACCAGUAAGGUUGAUCACAUGGUGUGGUACAAGAUGACCACUGGCAAGAAACUACAGUGUGUGGCAAAGGCAGACAUCUUUUACAAACAUGCACAUUAUUUUGGUAACUUUAAAAAUGGGCGUUUUGAUAUAUUGAUAAAAGUAGGGAUAUUUCACCUAAAUAUAUCUUCAACAAUGCAAGAGGACAUUGGAAUGUACUACUGUGGAGUUUUGCGCUUAAACUUCAUAGAGUUUGGACCUGGAACCACCUUGAUGCUUAAAGGCGAAGAGUUGAAUAGUAAAACUGUUGUCCAGCAGCCUGUGUCUGAGWCAGUCCAGCUAGGAGACUCUGUGACUCUGAACUGUACAAUACACACUYAGACCUGUGCAGGAGAACACAGUGUKUAUUGGUUCAGACAUGGCUCAGGAGAAUCCCGUCCAGGAAUMAUUUCCACCCAUGGAGACAGGAGUGAUCAGUGUGAGAAGAGCRCUGAGGCUGGGUCUCCUKCACAGAGKUGUGUCUACAACCUCCCCAAGAGGAACCUCAGCRUCUCUGAUGCUGGGACUUACUACUGUGCUGUGGCCUCAUGUGGGGAGAUACUGUUUGGGAACGGYACCAAGCUGGACAUUCAAGUUCCAGAACAUGAUUCUCCAUUUGAUAUGAGUCCUACUGUUCUGUCAUUGGUCGUCUCCAACAUCGUUCUGGGGAUAGUGACCCUUCUACUUGUCUGGGCGCUGUGCAAGACUCAGAACAGAGAUAGCAGAGGGAGGACAGAUGUCCCAACGUCCCACGGCAAUCAGAAUCAAGACAGUGACGUGUUGAACUAUACAGCUGUAAGUUUCACCCCCAAGAAGAAGUCCUCCUCUAGAAGAGUGAGAGAGAAGACCAGCAGAGAUGAUGCAGUGUACUCUGAUGUCAGGCAUCUGCAGUGAAAGAUGUCACCACUGUCACAAAGACACCAAGAAUAACCAUUUUACUUUUUGUAGCCUAAUAAAACUGAUUUUAGUAACUGAAAUUAGUAUGAAACUUUCAAUGCAACAAAUAAACUGUAACUUUAACAUUGUCUAUAUAUUAUAUUUAUAUAAUCCUGUAAUGCCUUAAAUAGCCAUAACUUUUUACAGCUUUUUAUUGUAAGAAAAAAUCAU